AUGGCCGCCGAAGUGAUGGACAAUACCAGCAGAGUUUUGGGUGAGCUUUCUUUUUUUUCUUCGAUUCUUUACUUGCUUAAAGCCCAAAUAUUAACAGGAGAAAGGUGUUUAGGUGAAAUGAACCAGACGGAACGGAGAAUGUUGUUUCGGAGGAGUCACAGCGAACCGGUGAAUCCGAGCAACGAAGCCGUCGCGAUGACCAGCCGCACGUGAGUUUUCUUCAGGUUUUGCAACAAAAAUAGGUGUUUCAAGUGGUUUUGAAGUAUCGUCAUCGCUUACUUCAUCUAUUUUUUUUACAACAUAGGAUGUUUCAAACUAUAUGGAAAAAAAGGAGAAAAAAAAUAUGCGUAGUCUUAGACAGUGUUCAAUUGAAAUUUAUGAGAAUGUUUGUGAAUUACAUUGUGCUAAUAUAAGAACAAACAUUUAAAAUCUAUCGGUUUGCUUAAUAAUGCAAGUUCAUAGACUUAAAAAUUUUCAUCUGGAGUCGAAACUGUUUUAAAAAGUUUCCGAGGUUCUGAAGUUCAUCAGAAUAAAAUUGGCCUGUUUGCAGUGAACCAGAAUGGAAUGUGACGGUCGACUCGAUAUCGAUUCAAUCUUCGUUCGUCGAAUAUCAGCAUCGGAGAAGGGAACGGCUGAGAAUACAGGAGGAGCAGCACAAAGAGGCACACGUGAGUGCUUCAAGAACAUUUGGAAAAGGAAUAUUCCUAACGUGCGAACAACAAAGGUUUGCAAAGAAAUUGCAACUUUAGCGCAACUUUCUAUUCGAUCAUGCUGAAAGUUUGCGCACUUUUUCAGAAACAUUGCCUCAGAGUCGAAGCUAGAAAUUGCGGGAUGUGUGUGGGUGUGUCACCCAUGAGUAGGUACCGCAACGGGUUUCACGAAACUCGGAAUUUCUAUAAAAUUCUUGUUGGAAUGUGUUCCCCUACUCUAUAUGAGUACGCUCCCAAUUUUUUUUUCGAAAAUUUUCGGUACAUCCCGAGUUACACCACUCCAAAGUCGCCCUGUUUUCUCUCAGGUCGGCGGCCGAGGAGGGGGCGGAGUCUCACUAGCAAGUUUGCCGCACGCGUUUUUUAUCCUUGUCUGGUGGACCAAACCAAAGAGUCAACAUUUUGAAGGAGCAGAAAUGAUGUUCUAAGAAAGCAAAAUAACUUUCGAGGUCAAAAUUUUCGAACCCGGCACCUUUAGAUUGCCGAGUGAGCACUUUCCCACUGCGCCAGCCGGGCGAAGGCGCGCCGGCCGCCAAUGGCAUAGAAAAGCUGGCAGCGCGCGGUCCACUUCUAGGUGUCAAAUUAGUGUUUUUGCGUGCUCAAAUCCAAAACUGUUACACUUUACAGUCACUUUUCAAAAAACGGAAACUAGAUAGAUGGAAAAGUUCGACAUGGAUCGGUCGGAAAUUUGAUGCUGAAUCCGAUUUUGGGAAAAUUAGCCGCGUGUAAGGUACCUGUGACCCUCAAAACCCCCAAAAACUACAAUUUCGGCCAAACUGGCUCUACUAAAAUUAACACAAAUCUGGUCCUAGACUGUCUAGAGCUCUGAAAAUUUGUAUUUGGGUUCUCAGAGAGUUUAUCUAUGGAUUCCAAACAUAAAAAAGUAUGGUCAUCGCUGAAAUGUUUUCACAAUUUUUUGUGCCAGUUUGAGGACCUGUAAAAAAAAUCGGAAACUAGAUUGUCUGAUUCUGACUUAAAAAACGGAUUCCCCGUCCCUUAAACUGUUGGAAUCACUUGAAAGUAGGCGCGUGUUGCACAAACUCCGGCCACACGAGCUCUCAGACUGACUUCCAUUCUCGUUUUCGCCUUUUUUUGAGAAAAUGGUGCGUUUUCGUGGGAAACGGAGUUGUUCAUUAGAUUCAGCAUGGUCGAUUACAUAAAGUAAAACAUUACGAGUAUGGUACUUGGUCUGGGGACCUCGGUACAGGUCCUCAAACAUGCGCGCGCGGAAAUCAAGAGAAAAUUCGUCAGGCCACGCCCCCUCCUUUGCGCCCCCUACCCAUGAGACUACUAAUAAUAAUGUUCGUCAAUGCAACACGAUUUGCUGUGUUCUUGAAACUGAGACGUUAGAUUGGGGGUUAUUCAGCAAUGUAAAAAUAUGAAGAAAAAAGCGCAACGCGUGCAUUGUUUUUUUUUCCCCCCAUUUUUCGACCUCCUUCACAGCUAGUACGAAUCAGAGGUGGUCCCAAUGUCCAAGUCGAACCUUUUUCAGUUUCAGUUGAGUUGAUUUUGAGCAGUGAAAAGUCUUGAUCUUCACAAAACCCCAUCGAGAAUCGUCGAUUCCCUUCCCCCGGCUCUCCAGUCACAACAAAUGAGUGUAUCCAUCCAUUUUCGUAUCCUUUUCAAAAACAAGAGCUCCGUGACGUCUCCAUGACGACUGCUAAUUGAGAAGAAGGGACGAGAGAGACGCGUGGACGGGUGGGCACCUCAACGGAUACCUUCUCUCUCUCUCUCUCUUUCUCUUUCUCCCUCUCCUUCAGGUAGCAGAUGCCCCAUCGAGACCUCAUUUCGUUUUCAUUUGCAUUUGCAUUUCACGGUAGUCUUUCCUAGAUUUUAUGUAGUUUUUGGGCUCCAAAUGAGUUACCAUUUUCUCUAAUUUUUUUGUAUCGCCGCACGGACACCGAAACAAUUUUUUCAAAAAAUCCUACGUAAGAAAUGGGACCUCGUUUUGAACAAAUUUUUUUGAUAGACUAUUAAAAAUCCGUUACACAUUUCUGCCUUUUACAACGUUCACGAAACUGAAAUUGUUUGAAAUUGAAAAAAGUCAUGUUGACAAUCACGCUCUACCGUAAUUUCAACUGAAAACCUGACUGUGAUCUCCCCUCACGUGAAACCCUAUUAGAUCGGUGCUUUGUAAGUGAAAUUCGGCAUGCUCAAAAUGCACUCGUGACCACAUAUUUCUUGCUUGAAACCGUUCUGAACAUCUCCGUUUUUCUCUAAAUCUAUCGUCUGCUCAUGUUGCAGAUCCCGUCAGACGCCUCGGAUGUGGGCAUGCAAGUGCCGAACGCCUUCAACGAGUUCCCCGAAAUCCAGAUGCCGUCCACACUUUCGCUGACGAACAGUGACAAUACGUUAGUAACCGAUAUGGUUUCAUACACCGUUGAAACCCGAUUGCGAUUAACAACAAAAAGCGAGUCGUUUCAGUCACUCGUCGAACGACAUCACUUCGAGUCAGGCGAAAGAGAUCAGCUACGAGGAGGAGAUGCGGUCGUUCAUCGAGACAUCCGGCCAUCUUUCGAGUACUGUGGAUCAGGAGGAACGGAAGAGUCGGACCGAGAUGUGGGUCGAGGCGUCCACCGAGAGCUUGGCCGAAGAGCCGAAAAUGGAGCUGGGGAAGGUGGAAGAAGCAGAAGAAGCACGGCGAGAUGGGAAGCAGGAAAGUGAACGAGUAGAAGAAGAAGAUGUAGAACCAGAGACACGGGAAACGACACCCGAGAAGCCACAAAUGAUCCAUCAGGUACACUUCCUAUACAUAUAUUUGAACACCAUGCUUUUGUUUGUUUCAAUUUCGCCUAUAUGUACACUCCAAAAUUUUUGACAAUACCGUUUCAAGAAAGUGACUUUAUAGAAAAUAUUGUUUCGAACCAACCACUACAUAGAGCAGUCGGUCAUAUUCCAGAACACCGAAGAAUCGGUGAUCUCGUCGACGGUCUCCGUGAGCAGUCUGAAGAAAUCCACGUACACGAUGAAUUUGAAGGAGGCGACGGAGGCGCAGAGCGAAAUCGAUGUGAACGAUGUGGAUAGGUGAGCGUUUUUCGUCGAUUCAUUUUCUGUAAUCUAUUUAUUACCACAUUUCCCCGAGAAGCGCAUAUUUUUAACGGUUUCGAAGCAGUAGCUUCUGUGUCGCUUUUCAUUCGUGAAUCGUUAGGUUUUUCUUAAUGUUGUGAAGUUCCAAAUCAAUGUCGGAAAUGACUUUUUUUUAAACAAGUUUCGUUUUCAGAUUCUGGGAUUAUCUCUACGAAAAGGACAGUAAUUAUCGAAACGGUGAUCUCAGUUUCACUGCUCCGUUGAAUGGACCUUCCACUUCGGCAAGUGAUAGGUUCGUCAGAUAUUGUUAUUUCGUUUAAUUGAAGGCCACGGCGACCAAAAACGUAGAAAGGGGCGUGGCCUAGCGUGCACGGUUUAUCACCAUUUUGGCGCGCGAAAUUCGAAAUUUAACCCCAUUUUUCAUGUUUUUCGUCAAAUAUUACCCCAAUUUUGUACGAUUUCGACGAUGUAAUUGCCAAAUAACUUUGUUAAACUAAUCAUCGCGCGCACUUUUUGAGCUUUAAACGAGCCGUUUUCAUUCAGAAAUGAAACAAUUGAAUCGAUUUUCAAGUUUUGUGCUGAAAAUGCGCGAAUUUCAGUCAUUCGCCGAUACUUUUUGCCGUUUGAACGCUUAAAAUACUUGUAUUAACGUGCUUAAUCACUUCCGACACUCACUUCGUCUCAAAACUAUCCAGAUCGGCCGGUAUGAAAAUUCCGAAAUUGCGGCGGCGAUUGGCCGCGGAGAGCCUAUUGCGAAAUAUGCCAAAAACGUCUCAAACGCGGCGGCGUUUUCACGAAAAUUUCAAUGUUUUCUCUCUUUAAUGUGCUCUUCUUUCGUCGCUAUCAAACACAAAAAUAUCGGAAAAGUGCUGGAAUUGCGGCAAUUUUCAGAAAACGCGUCUCAGAUUAGGCCACGCCCCUUUUUACACUUUUGCUCGCCGUGGAAGGUGACUGGACAGAAAUGGCGCUCGGUUCUCAAUCUGGGCCGAAUUUCCGGGCCGCGAAGUAAUUUUCCACUGAAAACGUGGCCUAACUUUUCAAACUCGGCCCCGUUUGCAUUGCCAAAAGAGUUUCUCAACAGAGCGUCAUUUCUGUGCGGUGCCCCUAUAAUAGUGUCACACCUCAUAAACCCAACUACCAGAAACCGUAAACAUUCAAAGCAACCCUAUUUAAUUACAGGUCGAUCGGAAUGUCCUUGUCGCCUGUGAAAGUAAACUUUGCCGGAAUUCAAACCAACAAAACUGUCGUUGUAAGUGUUUCCCAUCUAUGUUUGGUGAUAUUGUCUGAUUUUGAGACCGUUGCCCCUAGAAUGAGCAAAGAUGAGAAGGAUCGGGAAUUGGAUGAAGUUCUGGCGGCCGAUGAUCAGACCGUCGAGAACAGAUUCUUCAAACUUCAGCCCUUGGAUGGUGCCACUUCAGAGGCCACCAGUUUGCCCGUUCUGAUGAGAACUACCGCUUCUCAAACACCUCUUCCCACCCGAUUCAGUGGAAAUGGAAGUGACAAGGAGAACGUGUAAGUGGCCAACAGUCUUCUGAAAGAUGUCACCGUUUUGUAGGCUUCGAGAAUUUUCAUUCAAACUCUCGGAAACACUGUACAAAGACCUGAAAGUGUUGAUUGUGGAGAGGGAUCGAGCGAAGGAGGCGAUGCGAAUUCUGCCGGCCAAAUCGAUGAGGGAGCUCAGCGAGGAGUGCAACUACUUUCAGACGGUAAACUUCAAAACUAUGUCUAUGAGACUGCAGAAUAAUAACAACUUUUUGAAACUCUAAUGGGUCUUAACGUGUAUUGUUUACAUUAAAGCCCACAAUUCGUAUUUUUGUAUUGAAAAUCUCAUUUCAGUCGUUAAAGUUAUGAACCCACUGAAGCAGUUAUCAUUUUCAGCGAUACCGUGUGCGAAUCGAGCAGAACAAGGAGAAAUUGGACCGUCGGAUCGAGGAAAUCUGGAAAACGCUUCUGAAAAUGCCGAUCGAAUCGCAAGAGAUUAUCGAUUUUAUAAGCGUCGCGCACAGCGAUCAGUUGACUGUGAAUGCGCGCAGAAAUUUGCCCGAAAUGUAUGUAAAACUAUUCAAAUUGGAGUUCCCUCUCAAAAUUCAUGUAUAUUUUCAGGUUUUGCUCGGAAUAG